CAGCCCUCCUCCCCUGCCAGUGCACAAACUUUUGUGCACCGGGCCUCUCAUUUAUUAUAAAGUGAAGACCCUUUUUAGCACCCAGAACUGGAAACAGAACUUGGCCAGCUGUUUCAGAAGCCAUAUCUCUGCCUUUUCCAUCACAACUCCCACCUCCUCCCCAAAGUAACCACUAUCCUGACAUUUAUGGUAAUCACUUAGAAGGGUUUUAUUUUAAUGGGACUAAAGUUUAGCUAUAAAUAAUCACUAAUGGUAGAAUAUUAGGCGGCUGAGAGGUAUGUGGGGGAGCCAUCAGAGACAGCCAGAUCUCAGCACACUUAAAAUCACAUCAUUUUAUACAGUUAGUUCACUCUGUGCCCAUAAUUAAGACAGACCUCACUGGAAAAGGAUCCCACAGAAGUCCAAACCAGCACCGGGCUGUGCCCUAUGCCCUCAGCUAUUUUACUGUCAUCUACUGGUCCAGAAAGAGCCAUACCCUGCAGUCUUUCCAAGGCAGAGCAAAAGUAGGUCCCAGCUCACAGUGCUUGGGAGAGUGCAAGGGACUAGUUGUCUUUGCUAAUGAUAUAUGAGUCCAGGACAUUGCCUAAACUUCCCUGGGCCUCAGUUUCUCACUGUGAAGUAUGGGGCCACAAUAAAGCCCUUUACAAUCACCCAUUCCUCUCCUAACUUAGUCCUCUUUCCUCAAUCUUGGUGUCUGUUUCAGCUGACUAUUCAUUCACCCUUAUAUAAGAAGCUCAUUACCUUCCUUUCCUAGCUGGGUCUUUCCAGUCUUGUGCUUCUCUUUUUGCCCUUGAUUCUUACACACGGUGAGUCUGCUUCACACACAUCUUUAUAAACAUGCAUGUAUGUCCUUGCACAUUGGAGGUGCUGAGCAAAUGCUCAUAGAAUGAAUGAAUGUAAAGGAAGAACAAAUGAAUUCCUGUAUACAUUCCUUAAGUAUUUAGCGAGUGCCUAUUAUAUAUACAAAGAUACAAACCUGUCUCCCUACACUCUAAAGAUCAUUCCUCUCCUCCCUUUCUCCUCAUCUUCCUUUUCCAUCUUAUUCCUUUUUUUCUUUCACUGCACCGCAAAGCUAGACUGAGUGCCCUGCAAGGCAGCAUGCAGACAUACAGAAGCAGGCAGGCUGGUGGAAACGGACACCAUGGAACGAAGCCAGAGGAAAUAAGGGCAAAGACAGCUGUAUAACAUGCAGAGAAACCAACCAGAAUGAAAAGCCGUGAUUCAUGGAGCACUGCAACUCAGACACUCCUUGGAUUUCACUUUGAGAGCUGAGUCUGGAUUGGGGUCAGCGAGGGCUGGCACCAAGAUGAAGGGCAGUCAGGCUCCUCCUCCCUGGAGAUGUGGUGCUCCAAUCCCUCCCCUUAAUCCUUUUCUACCCACUCUAUCCCCACGACUCCCUCACUGACCAGUGUCCUGGGCCUUUAAGAGUUGGGUGGGCUGGACUGAAGAUAGCUCACACUUCCCCCCACCCCACUCCUUCCUUCUGGCUGUAACUCUGCCAGUCACAGCAGCAAACUGCAGUAGAGGAGGGGAGAAAGCCAGCGAGGGCAAGAGGAGCAAAGGAGAAAAGGAGCCGGCUGGGUUUCCUCAUCCCACAGUGGAGAGCAAGCACUGCAGAGCUCACAGACACAGGACUGCUAUCCUGCACACGACCGUUCGUUGGCAUGCCCAAGUGCUGUUCUGGGAAGAGAACUUGCUUCUAGUCCUGACUGCCAUCAAUCAGGUGACUCUGGUGACAGCUGGUGGAGCAGUGGGUGAUGGCAUCCCUGCUGCAAGGCCGGCUGCCCAUAAGUCAAGAUGUGCUGCUGAUGCAGAAAGGUACAAUGAUGCGCAAGGUGAGAUCCAAAAACUGGAAGAAGCUAAGAUACUUCAGACUUCAGGAAGAUGGCAUGACCAUCUCGCAUGCCCGGCAGGUCGGAGCCAGAGCCAAGGCCAGCUUCUCGAUCUCUGACGUGGAGACAGUGCGUAAUGGCCAUGAAUCUGAGUUGUUGCGCAGCCUGGCAGAGGAGUUCCCCCUGGAGCAGGGCUUUACCAUCGUCUUCCAUGGCCGCCGCUCCAACUUGGACCUGGUGGCCAACAAUGUGGAAGAGGCCCAGAUCUGGAUGAAGGGGCUCCAGCUAUUGGUGGACUUUGUCACCAACAUGGAUCAACAGGAGAGGCUGGACCAAUGGCUGAGUGACUGGUUCCAGCGUGGAGACAAAAACCAGGAUGGUCGGAUGAGUUUCCACGAAGUCCAGAGGUUACUACGCCUGAUGAAUGUGGAAAUGGAACAAGAACAUGCCUUUCAGCUUUUCCAGGCAGCAGACACAUCCCAAUCUGACACUCUGGAGGGACAAGAAUUUAUAGAGUUCUAUAAGGCAUUGACUAAGCGUGUUGAGGUGCUGGAACUGUUUGGAAACUUUUCGGCUGAUGGGCAGAAGCUGACCCUGUUGGAAUUUGUGGAUUUCCUCCAAGAGGAGCAGAAAGAAGGAGACCAUGCUUCUGACCUUGCUCUGGAACUCAUUGACCGUCAUGAGCCUUCAGAAAGUGGCAAGCUGCGGCAUGUGCUGAGCAUGGAUGGCUUCCUCAGUUACCUCUACUCGAAGGACGGAGACAUCUUCAAUCCUUCCUGCCUCCCCAUCUACCAGGAUAUGACUCAACCCCUGAACCACUACUACAUCAAUUCCUCUCACAACACCUACCUGGUGGGGGACCAGCUUUGUGGCCAGAGCAGCGUCGAGGGAUAUAUACGGGCCCUGAAGCGGGGGUGCCGCUGUGUGGAGGUGGAUGUAUGGGAUGGACCCAGUGGGGAGCCUGUUGUUUACCAUGGACAUACCCUGACCUCCCGUAUCCUGUUCAAAGAAGUUGUGGCCACUCUAGCACAGUAUGCCUUCCAGACAUCAGACUAUCCAGUCAUCUUGUCUCUGGAGAACCACUGCAGCUGGGAACAGCAGGAGAUCAUAGCACACCAUCUGACCGAGAUCCUGGGGGAUCAGCUGCUGAGCACCACCUUGGAUGGGCAGUUGCCCACUCAGCUGCCCUCACCUGAGGAACUUCAGAAGAAGAUCCUGGUGAAGGGGAAGAAGUUAAGUACGCUUGAGGAGGAUCUUGAAGAAGAGGAAGAGCUAGAGACUGAACUAGAAGGGGAGCAGGAGCCUGAGCUGGAAUCCCAAUUUGAGUCUGAGACCCAGGAGCUGAGCCCUCGCAGCAAGGACAAAAAUGAGAAGAAAUCCAAGGCCAUCUUGUGUCCAUCCCUCUCUGCCCUGGUUAUCUACACAAAGACUGUUUCAUUCUAUAACUUCACUCAUUCGAAGGAGCACUACCGCUUCUAUGAGUUAUCAUCUUUCUCUGAAACAAAGGCCAAGAACCUCAUCAAGGAGACUGGCAAUCAGUUUGUGCAGCAUAACGCCUGGCAGUUGAGCCGUGUGUAUCCUAGUGGUCUGAGGACAGAUUCAUCUAACUACAACCCCCAGGAAUUCUGGAAUGCAGGCUGCCAGAUGGUGGCUAUGAAUGUGCAGACUGCGGGGCUUGAGAUGGACAUCUAUGAUGGCCUUUUCCGCCAGAAUGGUGGCUGUGGCUACGUGCUGAAGCCAGACUUCCUUCGUGAUACCCAGAGCUCCUUCCACCCAGAGAGGCCCAUCAGCCCUUUCAAAGCCCAGACACUCCAAAUCCAGGUGAUCAGUGGUCAACAACUCCCCAAAGUGGACAAGACCAAAGAGGGAUCCAUUGUGGAUCCACUGGUGAGAGUGGAAAUCUUUGGUGUUCGCCCAGACACAACCCGGCAGGAGACCAGCUAUGUGGAGAAUAAUGGUUUUAAUCCGUACUGGGGGCAGACACUAUGCUUCCAGUUGCUGGUACCUGAGCUGGCCAUGCUGCGUUUUUUGGUAAAGGAUUACAACUGGACAUCCCGAAAUGACUUUAUCGGUCAGUACACCUUGCCUUGGACCUGCAUGCAACAAGGUGAGCGUGUCCUUCCACCCCUGGCCAAACCCCUUACUCUGGCUGCCUUCCUAAUGCUGUCCUCCUAUGCCUUUCCAGGUUACCGCCAUAUACACCUCCUCUCCAAGGAUGGCACCAGCCUCCACCCAGCAUCCCUCUUCGUGCACAUCUGCAUGCUGGAAGGGCUGAGGGAGGUUGAAUCUUAAGGUGGACACUUCAUGGGAAGGGUGGGUGUACUUGCUUCAGAUGGUACGAUAACCCUGGAAGGAUGCUCCAGAAAGCAGAGGUGGUGAAAACCAAGCAUGGUUGUGCGUUCCUAAGCAUAAAGUUACCUCACCCUUCCUAACAAGCAAAUCUAGGGCCUGAUUUUUCACCUGCUUUCUCUUCCCUUUCUUCAUUUUCACAAACUUUUGGUAUCUUUCCUGCCCUUCUGUGUACUCUAUCCUGGAGUUCCUUCCUUCCGUUGCUGUAGGUUUAGUCCCUACCCAGACCUAGGACUAAUCUCUCUUAUCAACUCUGGCUCCAAGGCAGAUUGCAACUACAAAUCCAGAGGGGUUUGGGGCAAAGAAACCCAGAGGCAUUAUCCCCUCCGCAACAACUUCCUCAAAGGCCAGAGCCAAGGAAAGGGAAAACCAAGCCUCAAGCCUCCCCAAGCAAAGGCUGGGGAGAGAACUGACCCUAAGACUGUACUGUGACUCUCAAGAAAACACUGCACAGCUCUGAGUCCACACUGGUCUGCUCCUUCCUAGUCCCACCAGUGUUAAUAGAGCUGCUCUCCCUAA